CCCAAAGCUACCCGAGGCCAUGGGGCUCUGCGCGUCGAUGCUGCAGCGGAGGACGGAAAGGCGGUACCCCGAGCCGAGGCGCGGCACGGCGAAGGCGCUGUUCGUCGUCAGAGGCGACCGCCGGCCGUCGAACCCAGAUGCGCUGGUGGUCCGGGUGCAGGACUCCGGUCGAACACAGCUCCGGAGACAUGGCAGGGAGGAGUGUGGAGGAGGACACGGGGGGUGCUGGCGACAAGGCACCAACGCGCUGGACUGCAUGAUCACCCGCGCUCGGAUGCCCCGGCUGCCUUGCGCCGGCACCGGAACCGUCGGGGUCGAGCCGGACGCAGCGUUGCGCACGCGUGAGACGACGGCGGCGGGCCGAGGUGCCCCGCCAGGGCUCGGGGUCGCGCCGGACGCACCGUUGUAUACGCGCAAGAUGACGGCCGCGGACGGAGGGUCCCCGCCACGGACGCGUAGGACGCCACCAACGGCCCCGGUGACGCCGACGCUGCCCUCGCCGGCCAUGACACCCAUGAGCGGGGCACCGGCGGCACCGAGCACGCCGGCCUCGGCGGCCAUGACGCCGGGCCGGCCGGUGUGGCAGAGGAGGAUACUGAUGGGGAUGCGGUGCGAGCUGCCGCGAUUCAGCGGGCUCGUGCUGUACGACGAGCACGGCCGGCCCAUCCCGGUCGGCACCCCGGGCAGAAGAAACCACCGCCAGGGGAAGAAGAAGACUGCCAGAACAUCUUCCACCACAACUCUCAGGGACCUCCUAUAGGCUAGCAGCAGCUAGUUGCGAUUCAUUGACAGAGAAGCUGAACGAAUGCUUCUGUGUCGAAUGCUCUGUCGUAAAGCGGCAAAUACUUCUCAUGCGAAUAUAUCAAUGUUCUAGUGUCGAAAGAU